CACCACCACCACCACCACCACCACUACCAGCAGCAGCACCUACAGCACGACCAGCUCAGCCCUAGUGAUGGACAGUGUGACUGCUCACGUGCUGUCCGUGGUGGCCACGCACCUCAUGCAGCAUGGCCAGCACCCGCGCCCGACAGCCACGCAGCGGUCCACGGUCAUGGUGGAGCAUGCCAAGACCAUCCUGCGCCUCUUUCUCACCUGCCGGUGGGCGUAUGAUGACCUGCCCCACUCCCUGCCCAAGUGGUGUCUCAAGGAAGCGUUCCAGGCACCGGGCGUGGGCUGGAUAGCGCCCGCCAGCAGCAACGACGCCGCCGAGCGCACCUGGCUUGAAUCCCGGUUCUGCGUGCUCUCCCGUCUUGGCGUGCUGUGGACGUGCGACCUGGAGCAGCUGCAUCUGCCGCCGUCACCGCCACGGGCGUUCCUGGAUGCGUUUGCCCGCAACGGCCGCGUGUGCUUCUCCGGCGUCUCUGAUAUGGUAGUAUGGCUUGGCCCUGCAGACAUGCACACCAUGGCCUGUGCCCUGCGCACCCACACCAACAGCGACAGCAGUGAUGAUGAUGAUGAUGAUGAUGAUGAUGAUGAUGAUGAUGAUGAUGAUGAUGAUGAUGAUGAUGGUGCUGAUGAUGAUGAUGAUGAUGAUGAUGAUGAUGAUGAUGAUGAUGAUGAUGAUGAUGAUGAUGAUGAUGAUGAUGAUGAUGAUGGCAACAGCACCAGCAGCUGGAUGGACGCGAGUGGCAAGCGUGGCUGCGACAGUGACAACGACAUCACUACCGUCACCGCAACCGAAUACGCUCGCAUGGCAACAGCAGCCACUGCCAGCAGCACCACCACCCACACCAGCGACAUUAUCGCCGCCCACCCCACGACCAUCCACACCAGCGGCAUCAGCGACAUGACCGCCGCCCACCCCACGACCAUCCACACCAGCGACAUCAGCGACAUUAUCGCCGCCCACCCCACGACCAUCCACACCAGCGGCAUCAGCGACAUGACCGCCGCCCACCCCACGACCAUCCACACCAGCGACAUCAGCGACAUGACCGCCGCCCACCCCACGACCAUCCACACCAUCCACAUCAGCGACAUUAUCGCCGCCCACCCCACGACCAUCCACACCAGCGUCAUUGUAACACCAUACUUGCCACAUUGUGAAGCUGGCUGUUCCGUAGGGGUAACCUACUUUAUGGUUCUCGACAUCCAGCCCUCAUUAGGAACUUAUCGCGGCAUCAGCGACAUGACCGCCGCCCACCCCACGACCAUCCACACCAGCGACAUCAGCGACAUUAUCGCCGCCCACCCCACCAGCGACAUCAUCGCCGCCCACCCUACCAUCCACACCAGCGACAUUAUCGCCGCCCACCCUACCAUCCACACCAGCGACAUCAGCGACAUUAUCGCCGCCCACCCUACCAUCCACACCAGCGACAUCAGCGACAUUAUCGCCGCCCAUCCCACCAUCCACACCAGCGACAUUAUCGCCGCCCAUCCCACCAUCCACACCAGCGACAUCAGCGACAUUAUCGCCGCCCACCCCACCAGCGACAUUAUCGCCGCCCAUCCCACCAGCGACACCAGUGGCAUUAUCGCCGCCCAUCCCACCAUCCACACCAGCGGCAUCAGCGGCAUCAGCGACAUGACCGCCCCCCGCUCCACGGCCAUCAACGACAACAGCCGCCGCCACACAAUGAAGAUGGGCGAGUGCUGCAUUCGGGAGUGCGAGUGCAGCGGUGACGAGGACGUGCGGGUGCUUGAAGCAGCACUGGAGGUGCUUGGAUGUCCCGCCAUUGACUACCUGUGCAUCUACCCGCGCGCCAGGCUUGAGCGGCUGCGGCUUGCACGCGUACGUCGCCUGUGCAUCAUGGGGAAUGGACGGAUUGACUGCCUGGAGCUGACCGAUGUGGAGGACGUGCAUUGGCACAUGUCGCCACAGCAAACCAGCAUCGCGGGCACGCUGACACGCGUGCAGGGCAUUUUUCUUUCGGACUUCUACGACGACGGCAACAGCAGCGGCAACAACAGCAGCGUGCGCACGCAUGCGCUUGGCAUUGGUGCGCUGGCUGGCGUGGAGCGGUUGACUAUCCGGGAUGUUCGCCUGCUGGCCUCCGUGGCGCCGCUGAAGAAUGCGCAGGAAGUGACGCUGCAUGGCGUGAAAAUCGACGACAUCGGCGCCCUGCGCAACGCGAACAAGCUGCGCAUUAUCGAUUGCAACGUGGUUCAUGGCGCCGGCGGCUCUGCAGACAGCACCCUCACCUUCCACGCCACGCGCUUUGUGCUGGGCAACGUGGCUGGGUUGCGAGGUCAUGUGAACCUGCCCAACGCCAUGCAUGUUGAGCUGCGGUUCUGCGACGCGGUGACGCAGGUCACGUGCGGUGCUGACACGCGUGAUCGCCUGCGGGCGCGCGGCUGCGAGGAGCUGUCUGUGCCGGCGAUUCCUGCUGCCGUGCUCGUGCAGCAGGUGGAGGUCAGCGACUGCCACGCGCUCGCCCGGUUCGACAUUGCCAACGCCACCGUGGGCACCGUGCAGCUGAGCAACUGCAGGGCCCUCGCUGCCGUGCGCAUGUGCGACCUGCACCGCGCCGGCGUCAUACGCGUGGUGGAGUGCCACUUGCUCCACUCGCUGGACAUACGCGCUGUGCACCAGGUGGCGGGGCUUAACGUGAGCAACUGCCCCGCUCUCCACCGCGUCUCGCUCAAGGCAGACGAGUGCGGCACGAUGGAGGUGGCCAGGUCUGCAACACUCGGGACGGUCGGCUUCUUCGGCAGACAGCUUGACAGGCUGGAAGUGCAGGCGUGCGCGGUGACGGAGGUGGAGGUGGCGGUGACAGGAGGCGUGAACAGCGUCAACCUGAGCGACUGUCCUGAGCUCUUCUCGCUGCGGUGCACGCGCGCCCCGGCCACGCGCUUGCGCCUGGUCAACCUGCCGCGGCUGUACAAUGUGCACAUCCCACUGCUUGAUGGCGACCCUGAUGGUGGUGAUACUCAUGGUGGCGACGCUGAUGGUGGUGCUGAUGGUCUCCACCGGGGUGUCCAGUUGCGGUGCGCGUCCACCAGUAGCGGCGAUGGUGACAACGGGGACAACCAUGAUGAUGAUGAUGAUGAUGAUGAUGAUGAUGAUGAUGAUGAUGAUGAUGAUGAUGAUGAUGAUGAUGCUGCUGGCGGUGAAGAUGGUGGCAAUCCCGAUGCCGCUGCUGACGGUGACACUCUUACCACCAUCACCACAGCGCUGCCGAGUGCCCGCAUCGACGUGUGUGUGCUGGACGUUGAGCUGCCGCCCGCGGCGCUGCGUGCGCUGGGUGGGCGCUGUCGCCUGCUGGAGCUGCACGGGCGCGCAUCAGCCGCGUAUGCGCGGGACCCGCAGCCGAUUCCCGAGAAGACGGAGGUGAUGCUGUUCGACCUGCCCUCCGACUCACUGUCGGCUGCGCUGCCGCCCGCCGUGAGGCUGUGCCACGUAAUGGUGGGGGAGCAGCAUGCAUCCAGCGUAUUUGAUGCAUCGCCACUGGCGCACGUGGCCGAGGUGCACAUCCGCAGCAGCAGCCGCGGCAGCAGCAGCAGCACGACAGAGCCGCCUAGUGUGCGGGGGCUGUGCAGCCUGCAGCGGACGAAGAGGAUGCAGUUGAAGCAGUGCCGCGUGCUGGGCGCUAUCCAAAGUGCAGUGAAGCUCAGCGUGACGUUGAAAGACUGCACUGGUGUGGCCUCCGUGGCAGGUGCACGCCUCGUGUGCGUGGACGGCCCGCGCAUGCCGAGCCUUGGGCUGUGGGACGUGUCGGGAGUGGUGAUGAUGGAUGUGGUGCAACGCUUUCUGCUGCACACGACGGAGGGCGUGGAGUCCAUGCUUCUGAACAACUGCACGUUUGAGGGGUUUGCCGCGUUUGGCGGCGUGCGUGAGCUCUGUCUUGGCAGCUGCACGUUCACCGACGUCCCCGCAGCGCAUGCCUUUGAGCGCCUGUGCAUGAACAACUGCACGAUAAACGCCACUGCCAGCAGCAGCAGCGACACAGCAAGCGGGGAGCGCGGGCUGCCCCUGGUCAUGCACAGCCAGCGUGGAGGGACGGAGCGCAGGGCUCUGCAACAGCAGGACGAAGAUGACGACGAGGGGGAGAAGGUGGUGUUUGAGGAGAACAAGAGCAAGAGGAGCAAGGCGAUGUGAACGGGUGCGGGGGCUGCGGAGUUCGUGAGUGGUUGCGGAUGACUUGAUGAUGCAUGGUGGCCAUCUGUUGGUGUGCGUGUGAGGCUUCUUUAUUUCCCUUCUCCCCUUUUUUCUCUGUGUGUAUCUCGUUGCUUCUCUGUUCACCUCUGCUUUCUCAUGCU